AUGGCUGGUAGUGCGGGUGAGUGGUGUCUUAUGGAGAGUGACCCCGGGGUGUUUACGGAGCUGAUAAAGGGUUUCGGCUGUAAGGGUGCUCAAGUUGAAGAGAUAUGGAGUAUGGAGCCAGAGAACUUCGACAACUUGAAGCCUGUGCAUGGAUUGAUCUUCCUGUUUAAGUGGCAAGCAGGUGAAGAGCCAGCAGGAUCUAUUGUGCAGGACUCUAGACUUGAUCAUAUCUUCUUUGCCAAACAGGUCAUCAACAACGCUUGUGCCACCCAGGCAAUCGUCAGCGUUCUGCUCAACUGCUCUCAUCCUGACAUGUUGCUUGGACACACACUAACGGAGUUCCGAGAGUUUUCACAGAGUUUUGAUGCCGCAAUGAAAGGUUUGGCUCUGAGCAACUCUGAGGUUAUCAGACAAGUUCACAACGGAUUUGCCAGACAGCAAAUGUUUGAGUUCGAUGCAAAGUCAUCUGCAAAGGAUGAGGAUGCCUUUCACUUUGUGAGUUAUGUUCCUGUAAAUGGUCGACUUUACGAAUUGGAUGGACUAAGGGAAGGACCAAUUGACUUAGGUGCCUGCAACCAGGACGACUGGAUUAGCGCUGUCCGUCCAGUCAUUGAAAAAAGAAUACAAAAGUACAGUGAAGGAGAAAUUCGUUUUAACCUCAUGGCCAUUGUGUCUGACCGGAAGAUGAUAUAUGAAAAGAAAAUUGCAGAACUUCAGAGUCAACUAACUGAGGAUGAACCAAUGGACACAGACCAGAGCAGCACAUUUCUGAGCUCCAUUCAGUCAGAGAUUGCAAAGUACCACCUGCUUAUUGAGGAAGAAAAUCAGAAACUUAAAAGAUAUAAGGUUGAAAACAUUCGACGGAAGCACAACUAUCUUCCAUUCAUUAUGGAGUUAUUGAAGACAUUGGCAGAGCACCAGCAGUUAAUACCACUGGUGGAGAAGGCAAAGGAGAAACAGACUGCCAAAAAAGCCCAGGAGGCCAAGUAA